AUAGAUAGAUAGAUAGAUAGAUAGAUAGAUAGAUAGAUAGAUAGAUAGAUAGAUAGAUAGAUAGAUAGAUAGAUAGAUAGAUAGAUAGAUAGAUAGAUAGAUAGAUGUACACACGCCUGACUUUGUUGCGGGCAGCGUGGGAUCGAUUCCCCCUCAGUGAGGGUGUCAAUAUCUGCCCUGCGGCUGACUGCCGACCAGCUCAGGGUGUAGUCCGCCUUUCGCCCGAAGCUAGCCGGGAUAGGCUCCAGCACUCCCGCAACCUUCGUGAGGAUAAGCAGCUCGGAAAAUGGAUUGAUGGACAUGUAUACACAGAUAGUGUUUGGACUUCAUUUCUUUCCCCCACUCAUAAAGUCUUUCAAAGCAGAAUGAAAUCAUCAAACUUAUUCAAAAUCAGGGAGUUUGGGAGUUGUGUUUCCAAAUGUUAACGAGUUUGACAUCAUAAACAAGAUUGCGAUGAAUCAUGUAGUAAUCUUCCGAAAAUAUUUGCACAUUUCUGCCGGAUUUUCCUUGCAGACGACUCCCUAUCUGUUGUCAACCAUUUGUCUAUAUCUGAAAUCGAAUGCAUUCGAUUUAAACGUAGUGAAAUGCGCAGCAUAAAUACGUUUGCUCUUGCCGAGCUUUCGCUCCAAAAACAGGCCUUAAAAAUAGUUUGGGUCGGUUUGCCCACCACAGGCAGAUGUAUUUUUAUAGCACGCGCAGCUGUGGGCUGUAACUCGCUCGCUAGACUCGGGAGAAACAUCUAAGACGUUAGCAAAAUGCCAGAUGCAAAGCCUCAACAUGUAACUUCCUUUGAAUUUAAAAUAAUGCAUGAAAAACAUGACUUGCUGGUGGGUUUUUUGCAUAAUUGUAUCAUUUUUGAGUAUGAAGUAUUCUCAUAUCAUCGAAGUGUGUCUGAUUGGAUUUCAUUUGAAUGCAGUGAAUGUGUCUCCGUGCCAUGCGAUUGGCUGGCAACCAUUUCAGGGUGUACGCCGCCUCCUGCCCGUUGACAGCUGGCAUAUGCUCCAGCACUCCCGCGACCCUCGUGAGGAUAAGCGGCUCAGAAAAUUUUUGAUAUUUAAACAUGGGUAAAAAACGUCCUAGUGAUGAAACGCCGGAGCCCAACGCGGCGGCCAAGAAAGAAAAGAUGACUGAGUUCAACGGGACUCUUUUUAAAAGCAUGCUGAAGGACCCUACAAAAGCCAUGAAGGGACUCGAGAUGUUCAUAGCAACUGCCAAGAAACUUCCAUCAUCUGAGCUGUAUGAUGUAGUUGAAGGUUAUAUAAAAAUCUCCAUGGAGUGUGCGGAAAUGUUCAAAUUGCUAGAAGGAGGAAAACAAACGGAGAGAGAGAUGGUGCUGAUCUUCGAGAGUCUGGAGAUGAUUCUCCUGAGGACCGCCAGCGAUCUGACACACUUCAGCAUGGUGGGCAACGCCAUAGUGAAAAAGGUCGUUGCCAGCCACAUGAAGCUAAUUCAAGGCAGUUUUCAAUCAGAAAAUCACAGAUUGGUGCGUCAGUGUCUGAGCCUCCUGUCCGCUUCGAUAUCUCAAGGGCCCGAAGCUGCCAGAGAGAUCCUAAAUCACAUUUACAUUAAUAAAUCCCUGUCUGCACUGGCAAGGAGAAAAGAUAAAAGGGGAAAACCUGACAUCCGCAUGGCGUUCAUCCAGUUUGCCCUGUCCUUUUUGGUGUCUGGGGACAAUGCAACAAUUGGGCAGAUACUAGAAGUCAAAGAGCUUCUGCCGGAAAUUCUGAGCACGGGACUGAAGGAAGACAGGAUGUCAAUAGUCAAUUUAAUCUUGUCCACGCUGAAAAGCAGAGUUGUAUUAAACAAGGCCAUUACCAAAACGCAAAAGGUGCGUUUUUUCACAGCUCCGCAGUUAGCCAAUAUCGCGUCUCUUUAUAAAUGGAACGGGAUUGUGGACGCCAUUGUGGAUGAUAACGAAAUGGAGGAUGGCUCAGAGGUUGCUGCGAUAGCAGUGGUGCGGGAGAUGGCCCACAGCUUUCUUCUGGAUUUGUGUUGCUCCCGGAGGCACGGCAUCAGCUUCCACGACCCCAGCUUUGGCACAGCUGGCAGGGCUGGCAAUAUUGUCCUGCUUCAGUUCCUGGUAGGCUUGAAGCAGGCGACGGAGGACGAACUGGUAGCUGAGCUGGUGGUCCGCACGCUCAAAGCCAGUCCGGAUGUUCUAACGCGAUACUUCAAAGAGAUGCAGUACUCGUACUUGCCCCGCCUCAAAAGUGCCUGGCAGGACAAUGUCAGGCUGCUCAAGAAGAUCUACGAGGCCCAGCCGGAGCUCAGCGUUGUGUUCCAGCCCAGCGAGCUCGUUGCUCUCCCUCGCCUGCUCUCCAUGAUCACGGUGGUCUCUCUGCCUCCCGUCUGCAACAAGGCCUUUUUCACUCAGGGCCUCAAUUUUGCAAACACUGCCGUGCAGCUCACCACCUUCACCAUGAUGAGCUUCAUCUUGAAGAAAGCAGCUAAGAAUGUGGCGUUCCUCAAGGGCUACCACUCUGAUGUCUACACGCCGGACAUGAUGGCCGACCUGGUUCAGCAGUACACAGAGAUGCUGACGAAGAUUUUGCCAGACAUGACGAGCGUCGUCUCUCAGUGGCAGUCGCUCAGCAAAAAGGACAAAACGGAGGGUGAAGGAAGUAAGACAGACAAGGAUGCCAGUGAGGAACAGACAGCGUCUGUUGCAGCUCCUGAUACACCUGAGGUCGUCCUGCUCAAAGCGCUCAUCCUUCAAGUCAUAUGUCUUUACCAAAAAGUUGUGCCACACCUAGUUACCCAGUGCAAAUUUGACUUCAGCAAGCUCCUCAAAGGCGUUGUCUCAGAGGGAGGAGUGAAUGAGGAAGUUGCCCCCGUCCUGCAGCAUCAGAUCCUGCAGCUGGCCUUAGACCUUCCUGCAAGCAAGUUCUCGUGGUUCCGUCUUCAGGAAGCUGCGGAUAAUGACGAGAAGUCCGUACUUUAUCUGCUCCUCAAGAUGUUUGUUAGCAGCCGCUGCGGCCACCUGAAGAACUCCACUCGGAUGCUGGUUUUAAAAGUGUUGAAGGACAGCGGCGUUUUUGAGUACACUUGGGCUGAACUUGAACUCUGGCUGGACCAGCUGGACCUGGUAGAGCCCAGCCAACAAGAGAUGGUCAUACAAUUCUUGGAGAGAGUGUUUGUCAAGCUAGUAUCCCAUUCGCACAUGUACACAGAUACAGUUGCCAGCUUGGUGCAGGAGGCGGCCUACCAGCAGUCCAACCUCAGCAGCCAGGAGGGAGACGCCGCCAGCGUCUGUGUGUCUCACAUUGACGACGUCCUCGAUAUGCUGGAUGUCAUCAUGGAUGGUAGCGAAGGCGACGCAGAGGAACUGGACACGCCUCUGAGCGAGGACAUCGUGGUACAGACGUUCCCCUUCAGCGUGGCUGUCCCUGCCGCUCUGGAGGCCCGCAACAAACUUAACCAAGACAAAGGGGUUGUGUUUGAGUACCUGUCCACCGUGCUAUGCCACAUCCUGCACGGCCAGCGGGAUCCACUACCGCUGUGCUUGGGCCUGCUGCAGUACGACAAGAAGCUGGCGUCUUCUUGCUCCUCCGAGCCGCCCGUUUCUCCUCACGUUUCCGUCCUGCACCUUCACCGCUAUUAUUCCGAGUGGCUGCCGCAACAGUGCCGGGAAGAGCUGUUUAAAUGUUCACAAUGUCUGCCAGACAAAACUUCAACCCUUUCCUUCACGUCCCUGAUGAAAGCUGCGUACCUGGACGGCCUGUGUGUGGUGUUGGAGGAUAAGUUCAGGACAAAGGUGGAGGUUGCUAUAGACUCCAUGACGGUCGCUGAACAUCUGGUUUCCAUCAAGCAAAUUUUACUCUACGUCAAAUCAGCAGUGGAUAAUUUUAUCAGCUUUUCAAAAAACACUGGUUCAGCAGUUUUGAAGACACUAAUGGGAAUACUCCAAGAUCUGGUAUCCAAGCUACAACGCCGGCAGGUGCCAUCGGACCCUGAGCCUGCAGAGCAAAACAACCUAGAUGGAUCCGAUCUCUUCCUUGACAUGAACCAGUCAUCCAAUGUGGAGGCCAACAAAGAGCAGAUCCUUCUCUCAGCACUGAAGUGCAUCUUCCAGCACCCCUGUUUCCUGCAGUGGUAUCUGUCUCUGGAACUGGGUGCUCUCCCUCCGCACCCUCUGAACCCCGUUCGACUGAAACACAUGUGCGCUCAGCUGAGCAAUGAUAUCACCACCCUGUUGAUGAUAAGCGCCCCAACUCUGUGCGAGUUGGGUCACACGGAAAUUCUUGCCCCAUACGUGGGUGCCGUUGAAAAAGCUGUGCUCAAGGAGCUGCUCGAGAGGCCUUCCCAGACUCCUAAGAGGCAAUCCAAACCUUUCCAGGCCUUCCUGUCCCUUCACAGCUACAUGGACCCCUCCAAAGUGAGAGAUCUGUUGUCAGCAUUGCUGCUUCUACAGCAGGAGAGGCUCGUGACCGCGCAAGGCGAGCUGAGUGUUUACGGCCAGGCCACGCUGCAAAUUCUCACCGAGACCGAUCAGUACCGGGACGACGGCAUCUUCCUGUCGCAAGCUCGCCUUGGCGGCCUGGCCACGCUCCUGCUGUCCUGCGCUAGCCCAGCAUUGGAGGCUUUCCUCCUGCAGACGCUAUCUCGUGAGCCCGGAAGUGCCCGGCUUGUCCACACCGAUGUACUCCACCACUGCCUCCGCCGUCCUCUCCGGGACCCUCUGGCCAUCGCGGACCUGCUGGUGAGCAACUGCUCCACGCAGCGGCUCUGCUUUGAGAUGUGGUGUCUGCAGGCGGAGAAUCUCGAGAAGAUGACCAACAUGACGGAAGAAUUCCUCCCGCUGAUCAGAGCGUACCUGCUGGUGGUGGGCAGAGAGGAUCCAGCCGUGCCCAAAGAAGUGCAACAAGAGGUUUUAAAGUCCCUAAAGGAGAAUCUCCUGGCCAAGCUAAUCCAGUCUGCUCUCAGGGAAAGUAUUGAAAACGCUACAUUGGUUGAAGCUCUAGCGGCUCUGAUCAAGCUCACUGCAGACAUCGGAGACAUCUGGGAUUUGGUGCACAACCUCCCAGAUGCCCUGCAGAAAGCGGACAGCUUUGAAAGGUGGCAGCUGGUGGACGUUAUCACAGAGAAGCUGUGCAACUGUCCAGAAGAAGAAGUAACGUGGAGGAAGCUUGUGACUGCAGCCGCCCUCAAGUGUUUGGUUGCGUCGUACGGUCAGGCCAAAGAUCAGGCCAAAAGCACUUCCAAGCAAGAGCAGAGCGUCUUGGAAAGAUUGCAAAGCCUCAUCACAUCAGCUGAUGACGUCGCUGCCGCCGACUGGAAUGCUUUUGUGAAGAAUGGACUGAAGUACCGAUACAGAGAUGAGCAUUUUCUCACCACCCUGAGAAGCCUUUUGGAAAUAGUCUACCGCCCCACUGACAUCACAGAUGAUCUGGUCCCGUUAGCCACCCUCCACAUGAUGACCAGCAGCCACUCCUUGUUCUUGCCCACCAUGCUGGACUCUGAAGAUGGCGAUCUGAGCACAUGUCACGCUAAGGAAGCCUUGGUGUCGCUCCUCCUCUGUCUGGUGAAGAAAUGUCCAGCAGCGUGUAACAUGAAUCAUUUCUUAGUACUUUUGGGAGCAUAUGGGGCCACGCUCAACAAUACAGAUCAGACGAUACUACUGCUCCUUCAGGAAUAUGAAAAAAACAACGUCAGUCUUCUCAAAUUUCAGUCCAUUAUGUGGGGUCCAGCUGCUCUGGAGCACCACAAAACCAGAAAGAGCUUGGCGUCGUCUCUGUGGAAGCAGACCCACGCGGAUGACCUCUUAGCGUUGUUGAACGCCGAUAAGAUGCUCCGGACUAUUGCGCAAUUUCCCCAGCAUCGCAAGAUUAUCCCACAGGCCGAUAAAGCGCAAUUGUUCCAUGACAAGGCAGUGAACAACCUAGAGGAGUUGUACGACCCGUGUUUCCUCCUUCCUCUCUUCAGCGCCAUUCUCCGACCAGAGUCUGUGGUGGACUGCCAAAAGUUCGUCUCGGCCCACGCCCUCGGGUUGACCGUGGUGGCUCUGAGCAGCUACGACGGCAAAGUGCGAGCGGGGGCGUACCACGUGCUGAGCUGCUUCUACCAGCACUUGGAGGGCGCCCGCUUCAGAGAGAAGAAACAGUUGCUGUACUUGCUGGACACGGUGAAGAACGGCGUUCGCCAGGAGAAUCAGCGGAUUCCUUUUGUCUUGACUACGUAUAUUAGCAAAGUAGCUCAGCAGAUGCUCAAACCUGAGGACUACAUGUACGUAGUUCUGAAUCGGUUCCUGCUGUCCCAUCAGAGUUUGGACUUGCACAGGGUGCCGGAGUUCUUCAAGCUCUUCUACAGCUUUGACCUUGAGCACAAGACUGAGCGAGAGUGGAUCUUGAGCGUGCUGGAGGGAGGAAUAAGUGACGGAUACUGUUACGAGGUGUGCAAUCAGCAAGGAAUCUUCCACAGCCUUCUUGGCUUCGGCAGCAGCCCGUUGUGUGAUGACCGCACUCAGGCACAGAUCAUCAGGGUGUUGUCUCAGGCUGCACGUGUAACCAAAGCCGCUUACGACCUCAGCAAGAGCUGCGGCCUUCUGACGUGGAUCAUACACAUGGUUGAAAAAAGGCAGCUUGGACAACAUUUGCUCGGCUCCAUCAUUGAUCUGCUCCACGUGCUGUGGUUGACAAACCUCGGGAAGAAGGAGAACCCCAUUGCCAAGGGAGAAACGUCCACAUUGGAACAAGAGACAGUGAAGUGUCUCCCACUCACACUCAUCAAUGAAUUCUUAUGCGCGGCUUUGACUAUCAUUCCCCGUUUGAGGUUGGGCGUGAAGGCCGCCCAGCUCAGCACAUUUCUGCAGACCCUCUCCUCCAUUCUGAAGCAUCGGACAAGUGCACUCCACGUCAGUGACCAGGCCGGGCGGGUGACGCUGCAAGCCCAGCCUCUGUCCUCCGCCGAGGCCGUCGCUCUGCUCAUGUGCUGGAGCACGCUCUCUGGGCACACAACGCUCUUGGGCCAGAAACAGACCUUGUUUGAGAAGCACCAAGUCAAAGAACUGUUGGGAAGGGCCACAAGGGGCAAGAUUCGUUGUAAAGGCUCCCAAGCCCGCACACAUAAGGAGAACCUGUCAGAGGACACUGAGACAGAAGAACGACAGCAGUCUCUCCUGACCGAGUGCAGAUUGACUCUAGGCAGCAUCUUUGUGCACUGGCGACCUGUGUUUGCUCCCAGUGAACCAGAUUGCACAGAGGGUCCCAACCUACUGGCUGUGGAAACGGGCGUUCUACUCACCAAGUGGUCCCUUGGGUGCCUUGUGGAGGGCUCUUACGACGAAGAACGCUCAAAGGGGUUCUUACACUGGAUUGAAGAGAGCGUGAUGGAGUAUGGAGAGAUUGUGGAUGCGCUGUUGCGGGACGCCGAAUUCAAUGCAGACCUACUUCGCCUCUACCAUCACACCUGCCAGACGUCGACGGGGGAAACGUUCCGCUCAUUCACUGACCUCAUGAGACGCCUGCUGGAAAGGCGAGGACAACUUUCGGCGAUGCAUCGAGCCGUCGUCUCUGCUUGCCAGCCAGAAGAUGAGGCAAAAUGCGAAGCGGGCCUGUCCCUGCUGUCACUGUACAUCCAUGAAAUGUGGAGCGGAGCCGACUCUCCACAACUCUUCCUGUCCCACGUCGCCAUGGUGACCAGAAGCGGGCGUAAGCAGCGUAAAGCUCUGCCAUCGGCUGUCAGAGCCGUCUGUCAGGACUUUUUAGCCGCAAGGACGUGAAUGCUCUAGAUGUAGGCUCAUGUUCAUUUUGUAUGUACCAUUAUGGUAAAAGUUGACUUUUUCAGUGCAAAAAAAAACCACCCAAGGUCAUUUAUAUUUUUUUUAUCCAGUAAUCAUUCACGUAUGCUCAUA